AUGGAAAAUUACUUGCUAAGUUCUCCUACCCAAUUGGCACAACCGUUUGAUGAUUCGACUAUUUCAUUCGACUUAUAUGAUCAAACAACGCAGCAAAUUCCUCAAAAUCACCUAGUUAGUCUAAGUCUACAACAACUGCAACUGCAAUUGCUGCAACAGCAACAGCUGCAACAGCAACAAGAGCAACAGCUGGAACUACAGCAGCCCCAUUUGAUAGCUCCACUACAACAAGAGAGUCAGCACCAAUUUCACAAGAGUCUGCAGUAUAGACCACAGCAACAGCAACAGCAACAGCAACAGCAACAGCAACAGCAACUAUCACAGGGCUUAAGUUUCCAUUCCAAGACUGAGUAUAUUGACGAUGGUUCCAUGUUUGACGACGAAGUGGUGCCAAUUUCGACCAACUUGCCAGAAAACAAGUUUUACAUUACCGACGAAUCAGGCUUGGGUAUAAAUAUCAUUGACGGCGAUAGUCUCAGCUUCAACCAUUCGAGAAAUGUGUCAUUGGAUGAAACAAUAGCUAAUAAUCGCAACCAAAAUUUUCAUCACCAUAAUAAUUCGGUUAUGUCCGUGAACCAGGACCCGCCCUGUUCAAGUCGAGAUUCAGCGAUACCUGAAUCGAUUUCAUCAAACACUAUUUAUUCAUUAGAUUCAAUACCUUCGUUUGAAUCGCCUUUGCAUCACCAAUUGCAGCAGCAAAAUGGGUACCAACAAAUUCCACCCCAGCAAGCAUUCUAUCAGCAACAGGCGUUGUAUCCGCAGCUGCAGCAACAGCAACAACAACAACAACAACAAAUACAACAGUUUCAACACCAACAGCAUUUUACUUCAACUCCUAGAAGACCCGGCAGAAACAAAUCCAUGUCAGUAUCCUCCUAUACUACUCCAUUAAGGAACUGCUCACAAACGUUUUCUCCUGUGAACUUGGCGGCUACUGCAUUCAACAAGGUAACAAAGACUCCGGCAAAUAAGGUCAAGGGCCAUUCUCGAUCGAGAUCACGUGUGUCGUUGGACGCCACAGCAGCUGUUCUUGCGUCAAAGACAAAUUCAGCAUCGUCUUAUAAUUCGGCAUUGAACCCGUUCUACACCCCAUCGCAGGGGUUGAAUUCGUUGGAUGAUGAGGAAAAUUAUGGCGGAAACAACUUGUCAGCUACUCCAUUGUUAACACCCGGCUCUCAAAAGUUAAAAUCGUCUCAAUCGACCUUUUUCAGCCCUUUUAGAAGUGAAUUUUACGAUAACCAACAUUUGGAAGAUCAAGAAAAUGACGCUUUAAAGCAAUUGAAAAAGGCUAAAUCGUACUCAAGCUUGCUAAAGAAGAAUAAAAAGGACCACGAGCUUUUGAACCAAAUGAGCAAGCGUCCACAAGUAAAGAGUAGCUCAAGCUCGACCUUGUUGUUGCCUAAUGCCAUGAUGCCACUGUCAAAUUCUAGGCUUGUGCAGUCGCAAUAUGAAAAAGAACAAGAUGAUGAUGACGAUGAGCAAGCGCCUAAAAUUGAUUUGUUACUGACUGAAUUUGACAAUAACCAUGGAUCAUACCCUCUGUUGGAUAAGAAAAUUACCCACAAUUUAAAUCAAUCGGUAUCACCCUUCAACCAACAUAAAAAGAUGCAUUCAAAUGGAGGCUAUCCAUCAGCAUCGAUUAAUUUGAAUGCAAAUUUAUCUCAACAACAGCAACCACCCCAAGAGGACCAGAACACUCUAGCUAGUGGUCAAGUGUCUUCAUCAUCCACACCUACAUUGUUACCACCCAUGGCUACUUUCCCCGUCGACGAUUCUAAAAAGAAGGCAUCUGCCGCUGCCACGUCUAAGCAGCCAACAAGGAGAUCUAGCCGAACAAAAGCCAAAACUGAAGCUGCUCAGGAAGAUGCAUCAAAAGAUUCCAACAACAGUUCUUUUGAAAGUAUCGUCGAGGAAGAUGGCACUGUAACCAUUGCCAUCCCCGAAGACCUCAAUAUUACUCGACCAAAAGUUCGUAAUAACCGGUCAGAGAAGAAUGAUAAAGUUGACCCGAGGAAAAAACACAAAUGUCCCAUUUGUAACCUGAGAUUCCAACGACCAGAACAUGUCAAGCGACACCUCAAAUCGCAUUCAUCGGAGAAGCCAUUCCAAUGUGAAGAACCAAAUUGUGGUAAAUGUUUUAAUAGAAAAGAUAACUUGAAGGCCCAUUUGAAGAAGAUUCAUGGUAAGUUGAAUGUGUGA